AUGGAAAUGGAUCACAUAGGACAACGAGAUUCGCAGCCGAAUGGGUUUGUGGAGCCUAGCUAUGAGUUUUCAUCCAAUUUUGACCGAGUCCAUGUGUCUCAGGAUGCUGAUGAUGGAAUGAGCGGCGAAACCGUGCCGGUAGAGGAAGCAGAAGCGAUAGAUUCGUCCGCCGCAGAUGCGGACCUAGAUGCAGAAGCAGCAGGAGCUUAUGACUACUACAACAAAUACAGUCGCAUCAAGGGAUUCUCGAUCAGGAGGUCCAAGGUGGGUCGCAGAACAAAACAGGGGGCAGAGGGCGAAAUCAUUUGGCAGAUAUUUGUGUGCUCGAGGGAAGGAGAGCGAGAUGGGAAACACAUGCAGCGGGAAGACAGGAAGAUGGAUUCUCGACCGAUCACACGGUGCGGGUGUGAAGCACGGAUUAAGGUCCACGUUGAUGAUGCCAGCGGGCAAUGGGUUGUUGAACAAUUCUGCGAUAACCAUAAUCAUCCCAUGCUGGAUGCGAGGUUCAAGGGUCUGUCGCGGUCACACAGAGCAGUCAAGAAAGGCAAUUUGCACCAAAUUAAUCAGUCAGGAGGAUUCGAGACUGUUGGGUUCGAGAUAAAGGACAUAUAUAAUGAGAUAGAGAAGCAAAGGCGGGCUGGCGCGACAGAUGCUGAGGCCGCGUUGAAGUUCUUGGGAACUUUAAGGACCACUGAUUCUGGGAUGUUCUGGAAGUACUCACUGGAUGUUGACAAGAGGUUGGAAAAUCUCUUCUGGUGCGAUGGUACAAGUCUUUAUGACUACAGGGUGUUCGGGAAUGUCCUGGGUUUUGAUGCAACGUACGAUCGUAACAAAUACAAGUGCCCUUUGGAAAUAUUUUCAGGGGUGGACCAUCAUAUGAGGACGGUGGUGUUUGGCUGCGCCAUCUUGAGCAACGAGAGCGAAGGAAGCUAUGUGUGGUUGUUGCGGUCAUUUCUUGAGGCAAUGAAAGGAAAACAGCCGAAGUCUGUCAUCACGGACGGGGACCUCGCCAUAAAGAGUGCGGUUAGCACAGUUUUUCCCGGUGCACAUCACAGAUUGUGUAGCUGGCAUUUGUUAAGGAACGCCACUGCUGGAGUUGGACGGCCGGGUUUUCUUAGAAAAUUCCGUCUAUGCCUCAUGGGAGUCUAG